AUGGUGGCUAGACUUCUUGACGAAGACCAAAAACAGAAUCUGAUAAAAGAAGAGCGAGAACGACGAAGAAUUGCGAGAUUGCGGCAAGUUCGACAACAAUCUGCGGUGCAUGCGAAAGUGAUUCGCGAAAUUGUUAGCCAGAAAAAAUCGGAAAUUAUUGAAGAUGUUAGGUAAGGUUUUUAUUGAACUUAUAUGUCUAGAAUCUAUGAUUUCAGGGCUGAAUUACAUCAAGAAGUUAGUGCGCAAAUAGAAAUAAUAGUUAGAACGCCUAGAGGAUCAAAAGUAGCGAAGAGAAAAUCAAUGUCUGAAAAUGCGAAGAAGAAAAUAGCUCGCCGUCGACCACUAACAUCACAAGACUUGAAACUUGCAAAUCAAAGAAAUGUAGAAGCAUUGAGAAAAUUAAAAGAGUCAAAAAAUCAAGAAAAACGGGAAAAAUUGGAGAAAAUCGAGCGAAGGAAAGAGGCGGCAAAAGUGGCGAAUAAUAUAUUGAAACAGCAAGGAAAAUGA